CAUUGGAACGUACGAAGACUAGGGUUGGGCAGCGAGCCGGAGCCAUUACUGCAGGAAAAGGUCCCGCAGAGCAGAGCGGCCAAGAUGUGUGAUUUCACCGAGGACCAGACUGCAGAGUUCAAGGAAGCUUUCCAGCUGUUUGACCGAACAGGGGAUGGCAAGAUCCUGUACAGCCAGUGCGGGGACGUAAUGAGGGCCCUGGGCCAGAACCCCACCAACGCCGAGGUGCUGAAGGUCCUGGGGAAUCCCAAGAGUGAUGAGAUGAAUGUGAAGGUGCUGGACUUUGAACACUUCCUACCCAUGCUGCAGACUGUGGCCAAGAACAAGGACCAGGGCACCUAUGAGGACUAUGUCGAAGGCCUUCGGGUGUUUGACAAGGAGGGGAAUGGGACUGUCAUGGGUGCUGAAAUCCGGCAUGUCCUCGUCACACUGGGUGAGAAGAUGACAGAGGAAGAAGUAGAGAUGCUGGUGGCAGGGCAUGAGGAUAGCAAUGGUUGUAUCAACUAUGAAGCGUUUGUGAGGCAUAUCCUGUCGGGGUGACGGGCCCAUGGGGCGGAGCUCGUCCGCAUGGUGCUGAAUGGCUGAGGACGUUGCUGGUGUGCCCAAGCCCUGUGCCUUCCCUGUGUGAGACUGUGCAUGUAGCCCUAAAGGCCUCCUAAGUCCUCCUGUCACAACCACUUUUGCCAGCUUUUCUCCCCUGGAUGUUAUUUGCUGUCAGCCAUCACCAAAUAAACUUUCUCUGUGCCCUAA